AUGGAUAAAAUUAGUGGUGGAGGAGAGGCGGCCGUGGCUGCGCCGGUGGUGGAUGUUGUGGAGAAGUUGGAGGCCAAGGUGGUCGUGGCGGUGCAGGUGGUUGAGCAGAUCGUGAAGGAGGAGGUCCAGGCGUCCGUUCAGGCACCGGAGGUGGACGAUCUGAAGAAGGUGGAGGGCGAGGCGGGUUUGGCUACGCCGGAGGUGCGGGAUCUUGAGGAGGCCGAGGCCGAUGCGGUUGGGGAAGAUCUGGAGAAGGGUGAGAGCGAUGCGGUGGUGGUUGAGGAGGGCGAGGCGGUCGUGGCGGCGCCGGUAGUGGACGAUCUCGGCAAGGCGGAGGCAGAGGCGUUCAUGGCAGCGGCCGAGGUGAAGGAUCUCGACACGGCCGAGUCUCCCCCGCCCCUGUGCAAGUGGUUUCACUGGAUAGACAAGGAGCAGCCGGAAUGGGCGCGGCGUGAGGUUGAUGAAAAAGGCCGGCGUGCAUGGGCAAGGUUCUUUGAGGACGAGCGUUGGGAAAAGGCUUCUGCUAAUGAUAAAGUAGAGAGGGGGAAACAUAUACAAAAGUUAAGGGCGGAGGAAGCUCGAAAUCGUGAGGUGAACCAGAGGAGGAUGGAGGAAGAGGCUGCACGUAGGUAUGCAGAGGAAGAGGUGCGCAAGGAGGCCUGUGAGGCGGAAAGGAAGAGAUUAAGAGAAAGAGCUGCUGAGGCGCAGGCAGCCGAAGAACGUGGCGACAGGACUGGAAAAUAG